CGGCGGAAGCUUUCCGGCCGAACCUCUGUUUUGCAAGCGAUUUUUUUCGGCUGUCGUCCCCUCUUUCUGUUUUUUUGUGUUUUUUGGGAAAAAGAGAGGAGUCCAUUAUCAACGUCCUCCCUUUCCUUCGGCCCGAAUAAUAAUGGGUAUCCAGCCCAAAGGCGUCGGGGAUAUUCAUUACUCGAGCAGAGGAAGCUGAAGGAUUUCGUAAUGUUUGGCUUCGGCUGGGAGAUAUAGGGGCCAGUGCAAUGUUGAGUUCCGCUGUGAAGGCACAAAAGGAUGUGGACGUCUCUUAGUGAGUGAGUAUUAACACUGCAGUUAAAAAGAUGUUGGAGAGGUCUUCUCAAAAUGCGCUCAGUCGGAUCUAUAUGUGCGCAAGGCAUCCUCGGGCAGAUAAACAAGAUUUACUAUUCCAUUGCCCCAAAGAGGGUUCCAUUGCAAAAUGUCGUUCUGUUCGUUGGCGAUAGUGGUGCAGACAUUCCUGACGAAGUCGUCCAGCACCUGUCGCGUCCGGAGGAAAUGGUGUCCAUUGUAGAGUCAAAGGUUGGGCAGAAAGCAGAUGUGUUUGUCGUUUGUCCGUCUCGGUAUGAGGGCCCUUUUGCAUGUUAUGACCACAUGCUGAGGGGAACAACAGCAGCAGGUGACCCACUGGGGUACCAUGGAUCUGAUAUCAAGGCUUGCCGCCACAUCCACGCCCUGCUUUCGGAUGUUCAGUUGCGAGUUGGUGCCGACAGCAAUCGAAGUGGCGAUGGCCUGAGUCGGCAUCAGGGGAAAGGUGGUGAGCAGGGGGAAAAUGUAACAGAGGAGGAGGCCGUGGAAGGGCCAAGACGAGUCCCAAGAACAGUAGUUCCACGGACGAUUCUCCUUGGAUUUAGUAAAGGUGGUGUGGUGCUUAACCAGAUCCUCGCCGAGCUUGCGUUCCUUGAAGAUCACCCUCACUCUCUUGUGGAGGUCGACAAUAACCCCAGCGGCAGCGAACGUAAUUCGCUUGCUCAUCUACAAUUGAGAGAUUUCGUGGGGAGUUUUGAGGAGUUCCAUUAUGUCGAUGUUGGUCUGAACUGCCGUGGGGCUUAUAUGACUGAUCCACGAGUUUUGCGGAGUUUCGCUGCAGGUUGCAGAACCCGUCCAAGGCGACUGAUCAUGCAUGGCACUCCCCGGCAAUGGUGCGAUCGGCGUCGCCCCUGGAUUGCUGAAGAGAAGGAGAGGUGUCUUUCCAUUCUUCAAGAGGCCUGUGCAGACUUGCAGAAAGCGAUGAGUCCCACAGACAAUCAGCGGGCUUACGAGGGUUUGAAAGUUGAAGAGCGGUGGUACUCCAAGGGAGAGAAGCCCAACCUCAGGAUGCAUUUUCGAAUCCUGGAGUCUCUUGAACUGGGUUGAGCAGCUGGCUCAAGGGCUUUACUUGAACUUCGUUUUCUGAAAACCCGAAAUACUAAAAUAGUGAAAAACAUGAAUAUAAUCUUGGAGAUCGU